GUUUCGGCGGUGCCUGUUGUGGAAAUUCCCUUAUUCUGCCAUUAUAAACGCGGUGUUUACAAUUCAGACACAAGUCGGCAGCGGAGCACAGCGGUUGCAACGCAUAUGGAGCGUCCGGUAAAUCACAAUAUGUAGGCAGGCUGGCAGCCGGAGAGAGCGGUGAAAUCGCGCGGGGUUUAAAUGGGAAACCUGAUGGGUAGCUGGAGGUACAGGGACCCAAGCACGGUGGAGGAAUGCGACUCGACCUGGGAGACAGACUCGGAAAGCGACGAGCCGCAGCCAGGAGAGGAAGACAGCGGGAUAUCGGAGUCCAUCAGCCCGACAGAUUCGGGGAAGUGUGCCGAGCAGUUGGUCUCUCCGCAGCAGCUUGGCGACUCGCAGGAAUCCACCGCUAAAAUGAAACGGAGCUUUUACGCAGCCAAGGACUUGUACAAGUAUCGCCACAACUACCCGAACUACAAGGAGCCCAGGCAGCCCACUGAGUACCGAAAUCUGAGGUUCUACAUGAACAAGAUCCCCCUGGUCCCCGACGGCAUUUACAUUGAAGAAAUUCUGAACAAAUGGAGAGGAGACUAUGAACAACUGGAGCACAACCACACGUACAUCCAAUGGUUGUUCCCACUGCGAGAGCAAGGCCUGAAUUUCUAUGCCCAGGAGCUAACUCAGGUUGAGAUUAAGGAGUUCCAGAGCACCAGGGAGGCCAAGCGACGCUUUCUGCUGGCGUACACCGUCAUGCUGGACUUCUUCGGCAUCGCGCUCCUCGACAAGAACGGCAACGUGAGCAGGGCCCCCAACUGGCAAGACCGCUUCCAGCACCUCAACGAGUCUCAGCACAACUACCUGCGCAUCACACGCAUCCUGAAGAGCCUGGGGGAGCUGGGGUUCGAGAGCUUCAAGCCUCCGCUGGUGCGCCUCCUGCUGGAGGAGGCGCUGGUGGAGGGCACCCUGCCCAACAUGCUCCACAGCGCGCUGGAGUACUUUGUUUACACGCUGCGGGACCGCGCCCAGAGGAGGGAGCUGCUCCGAUUCGCCCAGCAGCACUACCAGCCCCCCGAGAACUUCAUCUGGGGGCCCCCCAGGAGGAAGAGGGGGCCCGCGGCCGUCAAACCCGGCGCCGAGCAGGACAAGAGCACCGCCAAAACCAGGUCCGCCAAGGAGGAUGCUGGGAAGGGCCCCGCCUCCCCGGAGACAGAGGGAGUCCAGGGAGAAGCGGAGGAGGAGGAGGAGGAGGAGGAGGAGGAAGGUAGCCUGGGGGCGUGGAACGCGCGGAAAAGGGAGGAACAUUCCGCCAAAUGCUCGCCAGAAGGAAAGGGGGAGGGGAAAAGCCAGGGAGACAGGAAGGAGCACGCAGACCCCGCCCCCCUGUAAGCCAGGAACGCUCAGGAUUCUGGGAUUGGGAGUGUGAAUCUCCCGUAGCAAUACCAUCCCACGCCUUGCCCCCCAACACCCCCACCCCGCCCCCUUCUUUAGGAACACCUCUACGUGCCCAGUGUCUAGGAGUUAAAGUGUUGAUAACCUCUAAUAACCUUUUAGCUGUAGUUCUUACCUGAAUCCACCUUGUCCGCUAAGGAACAUUAGCACACAGAAUGGUGAUGGGGUGCCUGAGUGUACACCCCCUGUGUUGAGUAUUGCACCUUUGACUAUACUGUCUUCCAUUAUAGAGAUGUUUGUCACGGUUUCAGCGUUGGUAUAUUUGCAAGCUGCUAUGUAACCCCACGACCUCCGUCAAAUGCCUUGUGCUUUAUGGGUUUUCCACCCCCUCCAUUUCUUUAGCGGCUUCUUAUAGAUACAUGUAGUGGUGAACCUUGAAGUAUAAUCGUCAGGUAUUGGUCGUCUGCCAGAUAGAACAGUUCACCUGAGUCUGUGCAUUUGUGGGAGUGUAAGUUUUCUAAAAUAUGGAAGUGCCUCCUUUUUAUAUGUGUCACGUUUGAGUACAAAUACUGGAGCCUAGCUGCCUGACCCAUUUUAAUGGGGUUGAGCCGAAAUGGCGGGUCGUCUUUCUUUUUACUCCUGUUCUUCCGAGAUUAUUCAAGUAUCAGAGGAGGAGGAGCUGCUCCUGUCCUUCAGAACCGUGCCGUGCUAAACGAAGGCUCUCCCUCCUCACCCGUGGGCACAGCAGCUGGGAGUGAGUCCCACGGUGCCCACGUCCUGCCUGUUUCAGGGGAAUGUGAGUGUGCCAGGUUGCCCAUGUCCUGCCUGUUUCAGGGGGAUGUGAGUGUGCCAGGGUGCCCACGUCCUGCCUGUUUCAGGGGGAUGUGA